AUGACCUCCCUUUAAGGAGACCUUUCUAAGUUGUUAGUACAAAAUGAAAUGGCUUCCACUUCCAGGAAAUAUAUAUUUAGAUCUACCUAGACUAAAGUAGUUGUUGCAUUUUAUUGUUUUAUCAAUCAUAGUAUGAUGCUCUUUAAACUGAAGCGUUGUUAGUGUGUUUGUAUUCACAUAUAUUUAACAAAUUAUUGAUAUCCUUUAAUAUUUACUAAUUGCCUUUUAGAUUUUAGAAGAGUUUUUUUUUUUAAAUUUUAAUCAUGUCCAAGGCCAAGACCAACAACCAAGUAUAAAGAAAGCCGAACUCAAAGCUGUGCUUCCAAGGGGCGAACCCAUAGCCUAUAAGUAUAAGCAAUAAUAAUUCCUACUGAAACUAAUGAUAAUGAUAACUCUAAUCCUAACUACUAACACUAAAAAUACUUAAUAAUAUAAAAUAUAGUAAGCUUAAAUAUACUAUGACUAUGAUUGAUGGCUAUAACUAGGCUAUAUGUCAUUAUAUGAGUCAUUAGCAGUGUUUCUUUCAGAAAUUUUACUCCGGAGGGGCACUUCAGAUUGGGGGUCAGUUGAUUUAUUGUUGGACAUAUUUUUGCUGGGGGGGGGGGACCUUGGCUUUCCAGGGGGUGGGGGACCUUGGCUUUCCAGGGGGUGGGGGGGCACUUGUAAAAGGCAUUGAAUGAGCAGUUACUUUGGCAGUUCAAAGUUUUAUCAAAAUCAAAUACAUGGUCAAAUGUGAUAAUUGUCACUCAACAACAUAAAGAUUCAAGUACUGACAGAAAACAUGUUCUUUGUGGCUAAAGCGCCACUGGAAAACACACAAGUAGUAGUAGCUUGAAAAGAGGCCAUGUCAUGUUCCAUCCUGUUGAACUUAAAACAAAUUGCAACACUCAAUUCGGAAAAUGUUAUAGUUUACAAUGAUGUGCCAACUUUCCAAGCUAUUGAAAAGCAUAACAUGCUUGCAUUUCACUUUGUAAACGUCAAAAAAUAUUAUCAUGGUGAUAUUUCUGUGUGCUAAGCCUACAGUUUGCAGCAAAAAAAUGACCCAAUGCAUACUCUGCUGGUCGUAUUCCUCAGAUGGCAUUUCCAUGAGUAACCAUUAGGUGACUCAGCAUGUCAGACUAAAGACAUGGGAUGAUGACAGUUAUGAGAUGGUGUUCAGCAAGCCACACUAACCAAAGCAUAAUGUUAUGCAUGCUGUCAUACAGUGCUCUUGCUCUUCAGCUUGUGUCAUAAGUUUGCAGAGUGCUUCCGGGCAAAAUAUUAUUUGCAAUAUGAACCAGUCCUUGUGGUCUGCCGGCCAUGGUAUUAUUUAUUUUAUAUUAUUACAAGCAAGACAACUCCAUUUAUUAACGAAUUAUAGAUGUAAACAAUUACGUCAACAAUUAUCGGGGCCACCUGGCAUUUUCCAACAAAAAGUAGACUAUACUAUUUGAGAUUUGGGACUGGCAUUUGGAAUUUGGAGGAUUUCCACUAGUUUUAUUAGUGAUUAUUCAAUGACAGUAGUCACCUCAAUUGUGAAUAUAUAGUUAAUAUAUGGUAUAUAAUAUGUACUUGAUAUGUUGCAUAAUUACACUGUUUGGGGUCCAGGAGAAACAAUAUAAAAAAAUAAGCUUGAGCCCAUUAUUUUUAAUUAUUGUUAGGCUUAGAACUUAUAUACUACUGCUAGUACUAUAUACAUUUAUAAUUUUUGUUAUUUUCUUGAAAAACUUCCAGUAUUUUAUUUCAAUAUAUAAUAUAUUCAUUAAGAUAGAGGGCCAUGCAUCUAAACAAGCGAGAGAAGGGAUAUAAUAUGUGAUGAAAUUUUAUGAAUUUUAAAAUUAUGAGGCUGUCUAAAUUUGAAAAAAAAAAAAAAAUUCAGUUAAAAUAGCUUGACAAAUAUCUUGACAUCAUUUAUGGAUGGCCCCCUAAUAUGAUAGUUGUACUUUACUGUAAUUAUUCUUAGCCUUUGAUAUUGCUGUUUCUAGAUAGCUAAGAAUCUAAGAAUAUGUUUCCUUUAAAAGGUGCUGUGCAUUCUGAAAAGGCCCAGGUUUGCCUAACAAUCUAUCUACAUCAUGUCUUUUAAAAAAUUCUGAAUGAUAAAAAUAAAGAUGGACAACAAAUUAACUAUAACUAUAUAAUAUAACGAUUCCAUUAUACAGAAGUACCGGUACAAGAGAUAGAUAGGCAGGGCCAUAAAACAGACCUAGAAAAUGACAACAGCUCUAAAACAAGUUAACUUGAUCACUCUCAAACUGGAAAUGCUAGAAGAUGAAAGACAACAGUUUCUGGAAGCCAUGGAUUCCUACCUCAAUCAUGUAAUAAGUCUUUCUGACUAUGGUAUUUUACAUAAAUGCCUUUCUAUACAAAGAACUGUGUUAGUUUUAUCUAUAUUUAAAAAAAGUAAUAAUAAAAUUAACAUAGUAAUAAAAAUGUAUGAUGUUGGAUUGUGACUUUAAGUCCUGAAUUCUAGUAAACAUAUUGAAUAAAUAUUUUGUGUUUUAUUAUAAAAAAUGAUAUUUACAAGUAUUGGUUAUUUUUUAUAAGUUUUGAACCAAGACAGCAUAUUGAUCAGAAAACUUAAGGGGAAUAAAUGCUGAUGAACAAAAUUGAAUGCAGUUUCUCUUUAAUAUGAAAGAAAAAUUAGAUUAAAAUAUAACUUGUAUAGAGUGAACACUUUGACAAUUUGCAAUCAUUACCUUUCCUUUUUUUAAAAAGAGAAAUAUACUUAAAGCAUAGAAGAAUAAAUAAUUUUUAGUACCACAUGUCUAUUGAUUAGGUUAUUGGUCUUGGCCACAUUUUUAUUGAUUAGGUUAUCAGUCUUGGCCAUACUCUUGUUGACAAACACAGUGGACUCCUUGAAAACUUUAAGGAUGUAAGCCAGGCUAUUGAAACUGCAAUGAAUUUCCUUAGCGAUAAAGCCAGCGAGUUCAGAGCACAACUAAAUGACAAGCCUGCAGUGUGCAGUGGUAUGUGAGCUUACUUAAAAUUUUCCUUUUUUUUUUCAAGCUUCAAUCUUCCAUUUGUACUCCAUCAUUAGUACACUUAAUUUUAAAUUUAGGUUGCCUUUAUGAUUUUUUAAAAAAUUUACAAUUUUUAAAAUAAAAUUUGCCUAUUUUUUCAAUAUAAGAAUAUAUGACAAUAUUCUUGCAUUCAUUAAUCGGAAAGAUGUUCAUUUUACAUAAAUUUGUAUGUGUUUGGACAUCAUUUUAGGGCUGUCUGACAGUUUAGCACAUGAUCAUGAAGCCAUCGAGUUGUCUGGAUCUCUUUCCUUUGAGGUUCUCCCCGACUUAUCUUUGAGACAUGCAACAUGUCAGAAGUCACAGUUACAGUCGGCUGGUAAGGGCACUUUACUGAUGGUACACUAUUUGCAUAAAUUGAUGGGAGGUUUGCAAAGUAAUUAUAGUCUUCAUUUCUAUGGUAUGUAAAAUGAAUAUUAAAAAAUUGAGAUUAAUCUAAUAUGAAUUUAAAAACUUUGCAACAUUUGGGGACCCGUCCAGGAUGUUGCAGCCUUCCCAAAUGUAUGUCGCGGCCUCCAUAAAAUGUUAUUGCCUUCUCCCAUUGUCUAGGGGUUUCAGUCUCCAAUCGUGACUACUCUGUGUCUUAUCUUAUGUCAGACCUGUAUGGUAAAUGCUCGCCUCUUUCUCGCUCGGUCAAGCAACUCGACACCGACUAGUCCAUUGCAAAUUAGGCAUUUAUUUACAUGUACUGAAAUAUCAUCCAACAGAAGAAUACAAUGAUCAGGCUACCAGCCAUAUAGUUACAGUCAAUCCAACAUAAGAAUUCUUCCUCUCUCGACUCUACUCUGAACUCCGACACAUCAGUUCAACUCUCAGCUCAGCUCUCGACUAACGUGUCACUUUCUCCUAGCACCACUGUCGACUAACACACACACCUUUUAUAUCCCUACAAAUCACCCAGCAUACACUAACGUUCCAAACCACGGACUAACUUCACGCACUGAUCUCACGAUCAACAACUCACAAAACACUCUCGCGAUCCACAACUCCCCCUACCCAACAUUCACAACAAUCUAGUUCACAACAUUAGACAUCAAAAUGUGGUUUGGCGGAGUUGGACAGAUUUAUUCUUUCUUGUAAUAAAUCAUAUUUAAUAGUCACAGUUAUCUUUUUAUGUUAUGGCAUGAAUUUCCCAUAUUUUUAUACUAAAAAAGGCACUACAAUUUCAAUAUAACACUUUUAUCUUUAAAGGUAUGCUUACUGGUCAGUGCGAGAUCCAUGAAAAGCAAUUCCAAAACCACACUGCGAAAAUUGAAACCUUAUCUAGUACCCUUGUUCGUGUCAUAGCUGACUUAAAUAGUUUGAAAAAGCAGCAGCCGGAUAGUGUUACAGCGACGGUUGCUGAAAUGAACAGCAUCCCAUUGAGUAUUGAACAAAACGAGAGCUUUGUUGAAGUGAAGAAAAAUUUGUCAUCCCUAUGUUUGGAUGUGGAAAAUAUUUCAAGGCGUCAUGAUUCCGUUUUCAAAGAAAUAUCAUCUCUAAAAAAUGAAAAUUUAAUCUCACUGCAUGACAGACUAAAGGACUUAGAAGCCAAGGGACUUAAGAUGGACAUGAAAAUAAUUGAUUUUGAAACUAAAGUCAAUGGACUUGAGAAUGGUCAUAGUAAACUGGAUAGUGGCCGCAAUAACUUGGAGAGCAGUUUGAAUGAAAUGGAUAACAGGAUAAAUGAAAUGGACUCAAAGUUGUCCCAACUCCAGGAGAGGACGAGCUUAGUUAUAAACGAGAAAGAAGCAGAGAUUAAGGUCAUGUUUGAGCAGCUGCAGCAGAUGUCCAAAGAGGUUUCAGAAUUGAAAGAGCUUAAAGCCAGGAAAGGGCCAGACAGGGACGUGACCAAGCUAAAAGACCUGGAGCUGGCCAUCAGGGGAUUGGAGAUAUGGGCAAAACUUGAGCUGGAGGAGAAGCUGAAACAGGUCGGAGAAAACGUGCGCAAGUUGGAGGGAGAACAAAAGAGGGACUCGGAGCUUGUGGGGGAACACAUUGCAGAGGUCAAUUGUGUGGUAAGGCUUCUCAGUUGUUAAUGUCAGACAAACUGUUUCUAAUGUUGAGUUGUUUCAUUUUUUUUAAGGAGUAUUUUUUAAUUGAGGACUAGUAAAAAUGGAACAAAAUUUUCUAGUUAAUAUAACGUAAUUUUUAAUUUUAUUUAAAAUUUGAUUUUUAAAAAAAAAAAAAAGAAAUAUUAGCAAUAGUGAUCUAGCUUGAUAAAUAAGGUAUCAAUCAAAAUAACAUAUUUUUAAAUUAAUUAUUUUUAAAAAAAAAUUAAAACAGCUUGCAGUUCAUUAAAGAUAAGUCUUUUCAACUUUUCAGUUGGAUAAAAUUCGUGAAAAACAGUACAGUUUACAGUGCAGGAUAAAAUCAGUUGGUAUGUGGCAGUCUGGUCCCCAUGCAGUUUGUUUUGAAGUUAUCGUUUAUUGUCCACUUAUAAGAAUAAUUAUUGUUUGUCUAAUCUGCUAGAAUGAUUGUUUUGUUUAUUUGUCUCUUAAUUGAGCACAUAAGCAAACUAUGUCUUAACGGCACUAUUUUUUCUUGAAAUUAAUCAUUCGUGUAAAACAAAGACCAGGGGGACAAAUAAUUAUAUUGUCUUUAGUUGUAAGAGACCAUCCAGAAAUUACAUCAUGCAUCUGGACAAGUUGCGGGGGGGGGGGGACAGGAACUUUUGAUGAGGCAUUGUGAGCGGGUCCAAAUUUUUUAAAGAUUCAGCCUAAAAAAGUUUGUCGUCAUUCAAACAGGUUCGUGUUUUAUCAUUUCAAAAUUAUUUUUUUUUCUAUCAUUUAGACUGAGAUUCGUGUAAAACAAAGACCAGGGGGACAAAUAAUUAUAUUGUCUUUAGUUGUAAGAGACCAUCCAGAAAUUACAUCAUGCAUCUGGACAAGUUGCGGGGGGGGGGGACAGGAACUUUUGAUGAGGCAUUGUGAGCGUGUCCAAAUUUUUUAAAGAUUCAGCCUAAAAAAGUUUGUCGUCAUUCAAACAGGUUCGUGUUUUAUCAUUUCAAAAUUAUUUUUUUUUCUAUCACUUAGACUGAGACAUUUGCAUUUCUUAACAUGUCAAUGUCCUCUAUUUGAGCCACCAAACCACUAUAUUAAUUUUUUAAUUGUAGCCCCCUUGAACAACAUGGUUUUUCUCCCUUGGACAAUAAAAGUGUUAAGUUAAUUUAAGUAUGUUCAGUAAUAAUUCAUGCACCUUCAUCAUAAUUGAGUGUGCAUCAUAAUUGAGUCACAUAUUUUCAAAUGCAAUCUCACCACAGAAGACACCCUGCCACCAAACCGUUUGUUGGUUGAGCAGCAGCUGCCUUACAUGAAAGUAUCUGCCAGAGUUAAGAAAGGACCCGACUGGCCCCAUGGCGCCCUUGUAAGUUUUGAUCACCACAAAAUGUUAUUGAUAACAUCAACCAUUCAAUGUAUAAACAAAUUUUAAUCCAUCUGAGGAUGCAGGUUUUUUUUAAAAAGAAAUAAAUUAUGCAGUCAAUUAUUGAACUUUAAAAAAAAAAUAUUUUUUUGCCUCAUGUUUUAAGUUUAAUAAGCUCCGCAAUCUCUCGCAACUCUCUGAACAUCAGGAGAAGAAAAAAGUCUUUAUGUUGGAUGUAUUUAGUGUGUCUUAACUAGCCAUUAGUUUUCUUCUAAAUCGUGUAUUUCAAAAAAUAUAAGCCACAGGAACAGUUUGUGUAUUACAAAAAUGGAAAUUUAGGAUAUGAUCACAUCUGAAAUUCUAUUUAUUAUAUUCACUGCAAGAAUAUCUAUGUGUCGAGUGAAUGCUGGUUUAAAUUUCACCAAGGAGACUUCAUUUAAGUAUUGUUGUCUUAACCUGGAAGCCACCCGAGGCCAUGGAGUAAAUUACCCUUCCUCUUUUCCCCCCCACACAAAAAAUUUCUUGGCACUUUCUUGUUUAUUAGUUAUGUAGGAUUAUACUGAGUACUAAUCUAAGCAAGGUAUUAGUUAUAUAGGAUUAUACUGAGCACUUUCUAAUAAUAAUAAUAAUAAAGUUCAUUUCAAAAACACGCUUCAUCCCCAAAGGCUCGAAGCGCGGUACAAAGUCAACAAAAAACAAAUCUAUAAUUUAAUUCUAAGCUAGGUUUAACUACACAGGAUUCUAUUUAAAAAAUAAAUUCAUGGCUGACAUGCUAUAACCUGUGCGCCUUACAGAUGCAGGUAGCAUGAUAUAAUUUUUAAUACUGUUAUGUCUGUGUAUUUCAACCUAAUAUUUUGAAUAGUCUUUCAAACUAACGAGAUCAAACAUGGAAUAAAUAUAUAUAUACAUUAUAUAAAAAAAAUUUUUAAAAAGGAUUUUGCAAAAGUGUAAGUCCUUGGUUAGAUGUUUUAGUGGUAUGAAUUUAGCUCAGCAGUGCGUACAUGCAGGAUUUUAUAAAAGGCCAAACUGACCAAGAACAUACCACUAUAAGGUUUUAUGUGCUCUGAAUUUAAUAAACUAUCAAUAAAUAUUUUUCAUCAACCUGACUUAAGAGUUGAGUUCUGUUUUAGUUUGUGGGGCACUCAUGUCAAAUUAAUAAACCCCUUGACAACAUUAGAUGGCAACAAAUAAGAAAUUCAAGUUUUUUCAUCAUUAUUUAAGACAUACUGAAAGUUUGAUUCAUUGAUUUAAUCGCUCAGGAUCCUGGUUAUGGCAGCAUUGUCACUGAGGUUCCAAGUCUCCACACCGUCACAGUGAGAUGGGAUGACGGUAGACUGGGCAACUACAAAGUUGGUGGCAACUGGAACGCCUAUGAGAUACAGUUGGCUUAAUUCAGUUAUCAUCAUGUCUAUGAGAUACAGUUGGCUUAAUUCAGUUAUCAUCAUGUCUAUUAGAUACAUUUGGCUUCAUUCUGUUAUCAUCAUGUAUAUGAGAUACAUUUGGGUUAAUUCAGUUAUCAUCAUCAUGUCUAUGAGAUACAUUUGGCUUAAUUCAGUUAUUAUCAUGUUCUAUGAGAUACAUUUGGCUUAAUUCUGUUAUCAUCAUGUCUAUGAGAUACAUUUGGCUUAAUGCAGUUAUCAUCAUCAUGUCUAUGAGAUACAUUUGGCUUAAUUCAGUUAUCAUCAUGACUAAAACUGUUACAAAGUCACCUAAUCUAGGAAAUUGAUCAGCUUCUUUGCUUGUUUUUGUUUUUAAAAAAAAUACAUAUUAUAUGUAUCUUGUCAUCAUGCACAAACCUUUUCAUCAUGGCUCGUUCCUCUGAAGUCAUGUAGCUGGUUGGCUGUUAGUUGAAGAAUACACAUGUAGAUUUGAUGACAUUUUAAGUAUUGAUAUGUUAAGCAUAUGUAAAUCCAGUUUGUUGAAAUUGAUAUAUUUGAUUUUGUUGUAAAGUAUAUUUGCCAUAACAACUAUAAUAUGUGAUCACCUACUAACAGUUGUUUACAUGAAGGGUUGUGACCUUAAUAAGGAUAAUAUAAGAUAAGAUUCUUUUAUUCAUCCAUAUAAAUAGAAAUGUUUUUUAUUAUAAUGUUCAUAUUAAUUUUCAGCACUUGCAUAACUUUUCUUGCAAAGACAAACAUUUUUAAACUACAAAAAUGUAUUCACUAGACAACCAAAUGGGGUUCUCAAGUAUUUCUAAUGGGGUGUUUUUCCUGACUAAAAUAUCACAAUUUCAUAGCAGGUAAUCAAUUUGUUGCAUUUCUUUUUUUUCUUUUUUAACUCAUGAUUUCCUGACCAAAAAAAAAGUGUAUUAAUCAUGUGAAUAUAAACUAUGUUACUAUUCCUUUUUUAAGUGUGACAUCAUUUCCAUUAAGCGGUGCUUUCAUGGGAUAUUGGCCAGAAAAUAUCUUCUGCCCAAGUGAUGCUAUAUUUUAAAUGUAUUAAUUCAACUAUGACUUAAGACUUAUAUGCUACUUAUUGUAAUGAGAUUUUUGUUCCAAGGAGUUAACUGUACAUUAGAAUAUUUGGGCUGUUAAGCUAGUUGUACUUGGUACAAAAACAAAAAAGAACCAAAAAAAUGGAAUUAAUUAUCAUUUUGUUGAUUCAAAUGCUACCAGUACCCUAUAUAUGAGUUUGUGUCCAAAAAUUUUUUUUUGGCAUUUCUUGUUGAUGGAAUUUAAAAUUGUGAAUGCUUGUUUUUGUAUGCACAUACAAACAAUUGAAUGCAUAGAGCUAUUCCAUGAUACCAAUAAUCAAUGUGCAAAUCCAUUAUUUAUUGUAAUCUAAUGUAAAAUGUAAUCUGCCAGGUUGAGAAAUGCUAAUGUGAUGGACAAUAGUGUGUGUGGGGA